AUGAGGUCUAUCGUUCAUUAAAUCGACAGAUCUAAAAUUAAUGAGAUCAUCAUUUUAGUUCAGGACUUUGUGCGAGUCGGCACAAUUUUCGAGAGGCAAAAUGAUGACCGAAAUGUAUUUCAAUAUUAACGACGGGUAUCUCGAGGCCCUCGUUAGAGGAUUUAAAGGAGGGAUCUUGAGGCAACCGGAUUACUUAAAUCUUGUCCAAUGUGAAAUUUUAGAAGAUCUAAAGCUGCAUCUGCAGAGUACAGACUACGGAAACUUCCUUCAAAAUGAGCCGUCUCCUCUCACAGUAUCAGUUAUUGACGACAGACUUAAGGAAAAGCUUGUGGUAGAAUUUCAACAUCUCCGUAAUCAUGCUGUGGAACCAUUGUCCAAGUUCCUGGACUUUAUCACGUACAGCUACAUGAUCGACAAUAUCAUUCUUCUCAUCACUGGUACCCUGCAUCAGCGUUCCAUCUCGGAGCUCAUACCAAAGUGUCAUCCCUUGGGAAGCUUCGAGCAAAUGGAGGCUGUCAACGUUGCCACGACACCCGCCGAUCUGUACAACGCUAUUAUUGUGGACACACAACUUGCCCCCUUCUUCCAGGAGUGUAUCUCGGAGCAGGAUCUGGACGAGAUGAAUAUUGAGAUAAUUCGUAACACACUCUACAAAGCCUACCUGGAAGCAUUCUACAAGUUCUGCGAUGAGCUUGGAGGGGCCACUGCUGACGUCAUGUGUACAAUUCUUGGGUUUGAAGCAGAUCGCCGAGCAUUCAUCAUUACAAUCAACUCAUUCGGUACUGAAUUGACAAAGGAAGAUCGAUUCAAGCUGUACCCACGAUGCGGACAACUCUACCCAGACGGGCUCGCUGCUCUAGCCAAAUGUGACGACUACGACCAGGUCAGAGCAGUGGCCGAUAACUACGCUGAGUACAAACAACUCUUCGAUGGUGCUGGAACCAACCCCGGGGACAAGACGCUCGAGGAUAAAUUCUUUGAGCACGAGGUCAAGCUCAACGUGAACGGCUUCAUGCAGCAGUUUCACUACGGUGUUUUCUACUCGUACAUUAAACUGAAGGAGCAAGAAUGUAGGAACAUUGUGUGGAUCGCCGAGUGCGUCGCUCAGAGACAACGAGGAAAGAUUGAUAACUACAUUCCUAUCUUGUAAAUAGUUUAUAUUCCUAAAAGUGUCGGUCAAUGUUUGGUUCCUGCUUCAACAAGAUAAUCUUGAUUAGAGUCGAGUCAUCCCUCGACAAAGAGAGUUAUACAAGAAAAUAAUGUAUUAUUUUCAUUGAGACAAAGUUAAACCCCCACACUCUUGCUCCUGAUAUUUUCGAGCGAUUGACAAUAGACCGAUCCAUGAAGCUCUGCCCCGUUGCGUAUUGACUAAUCACAACGCAACAAAGGUCCAACAAAUUAGGUCCAACAUGCGUUUGCCUAUCUUGGCGCGCGGCAGAGUUGUGCAAAAAGGCAUUCGAGAGCCCCUAGUGUUCUUGCUCACAAGUGCGUCGUUGGCGGAGCCUACUGGAUCGGUCUAUUUCUUUGAAACCGCUCAACUUCACAGGUUGUGUAUCCUUCAUUGCAGUUGUCCUUUGUUUUAGGGUUGUUUUUUCAAGGCCAUUAUUUCUCUUGUUCUAUUGACCAGUGCUCCUCUUGUUUUCUGCUAAUGAAGGGGAAAAACAUUUUCAUUCUCAUAUAUCUGCUUGCCAUAUGAUAAUAAAUGUCAAACCUUUGACCAUGCAGAAAAUGUGACCAUGUACAUUGACUACCAAUUUCUGUAUUACCAGCAUUGUGAACUCUACAAAACAAUUUGUGUAUGUUAUUUCAAAAAAAUGUUAUCUAUGAAGUCAAUACGAGAUGACCAUUUCAAAUCUUUAUGUAACGGAACAGCCACGACAUGCUUUUGUAAAAAGAGCUCAAUUUCACGGAGCUGGUUAAGCAGAAAAUAGUGCUUAUCAAUUUCUGCUAAGCAAAAAUAAGGGUACCAGUCACACAAAUGGUGAAUAUGACACAAAUUAGUACUUUGUCUGCUAAGCACAAUUUUGAUGGCUAAGCACUUUUUUGCGCUAAGGCAGUUUAAUGAAGUUUGGCAGGAUUUUUGGGGGGAGGGGGAAAAGAGAAAUACUUGUUCCAUUUGAAGGCGUUAUCCAUCUUUGCAGAUCCUUAGUGUUCUCACUCUAUUCAUACAUUAGGGCCUAGAUUAUUUUAAUUUAUUCUCAAAAGUAUAAUUGACCAUUCUUGUCAAGUUUGUUUUUGAAAAAUAAUCGUUUUCUGUCUUUGUUUCUUUCAAUCUCCAAAACCCAAAGGAGUAUCCGCUUUUUUAUAAUGAAUAUUAAGUAUUAAUAUCAAGUAAUAUAUAGAGAUAUAAAACGGUCAUUUGCAAUGAAUGUCUAUUAAUAAUUGUCUAUGUUGUAUAUAAUGUAAUGUAUAGAUAAUAAUAUUAAUCAUAAGUUUUAAUAUCUCAUCUAUAGAUUGGUUUUACCAAAAUUUGUCUUUGGAUUGCUCUCUGCAAGAAGAAAAUAUUCCAUGGUCCAAAAAAUCCAAGUGUUUAGAAAUGGUAUGAAGAGUUAGUCAAAGCAAUUGUAAAUGUUUAAUGAAUUGGAUAUCGGAUUAUUGUCAAACAAUUGUACAAGUGUAUGUUAUGUGACAGGAACACUUGUUUUAGAAAGUACCGUUGUUUUGUGAUUGGGAAAUAAAACAGUACUUGAUAUUGUGGUUGAAGAUGUAA